AUGACGGAAAAAGCUUUCACUGAAUUCCAGCUUGCAAAUAAUCCACCUUACUCUUCUACUCAGACUCUGGAACCAAUUCGUAUUUCGGAUUCUAUUUCUACUCAUAGUUGGAUUCCCCCUGCACCUUCUUGGGUUAAAUUGAAUGUUGAUGCAGCUUGGAGUAAAGGAUCUAAGAAAGGUGGUCUUGGAAACGUUAUAAGAGAUCACUUUGGCCAUCCUCUUUUGGCUUAUUCGGUUGGCGUUAAUUGUGACUCUGAUUUCAUUGCAGAGGCCCUUGCUAUUCGGUCUGGUCUUCUUUUUGCUACUACGGGUGGUUUCAGGAAAGUCUUGGUGGAGUUAGAUUGUUAUUCGUUAAUUCAGCAGCUAUCUUCUUUUGAUCCGGAGCUUGCCAUUCAAAGUAUUCAUCAUGAUAUUGUUCAGCUUCAGAAAUCUUUUGAUGAUUGCUCUUUUUCUUUUGUUCCAAGGUCUGCCAAUAGUGUGGCUGAUUCCUUGGCUGGGUCGACCCUUUCGGUUGAGUCUCCAAUUGAUUGGCCUAUUACCACUCAUUGGCUUCUUCAUCUUUGUGAGAAUGAAACUACUGUUUCUAAUGACUCUCUAGCUCAAUAA